AUGUUGAAAGAGCAUCUUUUUCCAUUUACGGAAAUUUCACAAAAACUGCAAUCAAAAUUUAAUAAUUUCAAAGAUAGCUUGAGAGUCUUGCAAAUCUACAAUUGUUUGAAUAUUUUACAAAUGAUCCGAGCCGUUGGGUUUGCCAAAUUGAAGUUCUUACUUUUAGAGUAUUCUGAUAUAAAAAAAUUCAAGGAAUACGAUAACAGAUCUCAAGAUUACUUUAAUGUCUUCAAUAAAAUGAGCUUGGAAUCAUUGGCAUUAAUUAGUUUGAAAAUGGCUCAAAUUCAUGGCUUUAAAGUCUUGGAGAAAUUGGAAAGCUAA